GAUAUCUCAUUCAUGAUGGUACACACUGAUACGCCAACACUUGCCAGUCUUGACAAAGAAGGGUAAAAGGCCAUUAGUCACGCCUUUCCUACGUAGAUUCCUCUUUUAUCAAAGGAAGAAAAUCAGAUUUUGACACAUGUUCAGUGUACUUUGACAAUUUCCUAUAAAGUCAAACCUGCAUUGUAGUGAAAGAUCAGAAACUGAGACUUAAGCACUCUGGUACUCUCUCUCUCGUUCUUCGGUAUUAGUCUUCUUCUCUCUGUAAUGUUUCUUUUCGUUAUGAACACUUAAUUCUCUUCGUAAUGUCUUAAAUCAUUCCAUGGUUACUUAUCUAUGUCAUUGUUCCUCGGCGAGGCACUUGAGUGUGUUUUGGGAAAAGAAACGGCGAUUACAAUGGCUAAAGAUGAAGCUAAGGCAUCAGAUUUUUCCAAGGGAUUGCUCCAGAGUGAAGAGCUCUACAAAUAUAUACUGGAGACGAGUGUGUACCCACGCGAGCCAGAAGCUCUCAAGGAGCUGAGGAGCGUUACUCAUAACUACCCUAUGGCUAAUAUGGCUAUUGCACCGGACGCUGGCAAGCUAAUGGAGAUGCUGCUGAAUCUUGUAAAUGCAAGGAAGACUAUCGAAGUUGGGGUUUUCACUGGAUACUCUCUUCUCCUCACUGCUCUUACAUUACCUGAAGAUGGCAAGGUUAUAGCCAUUGAUGUGAACAGAAGCACAUAUGAGAUAGGGUUGCCAGUCAUCAAGAAGGCUGGUGUUGAACAUAAGAUUGAUUUCAGAGAGUCUGAAGCUCUUCCUGUCCUCGACGAGCUUUUAAACCAUGAAGAGAACGAGGGUGGAUUUGAUUUCGCAUUUGUGGAUGCAGACAAGGUGAGUUACUGGAACUACCAUGAGAGGCUUAUGAGACUGAUCAAGGUUGGUGGGAUCAUAGUGUAUGACAACACUCUCUGGGGAGGAUCAGUUGCUGAACCUGACUCGUCCACGCCCGAGGGGAAGAGAGAAGGCAAGAAAGCAAUCCUCGAGCUGAACAAGAAACUCUCGGCUGAUAAGCGUGUGCAGAUCUCGCAAGUUGCUCUUGGUGAUGGGAUCACUAUCUGCAGGAGACUAUAUUAAAUGAUGUUUUAUGCCAUAAGUGUUUGUUGUUCGUUACUAAGAAAGACUAAUAUAUUCACGAAAAACACUAAACUAGUUGUAUGUUCCUCUCUUAUUGAGUUUGGCUAUUUCUAUGUUUUAUAAGUUAUGAACCAGUUCACUAGACUCGCUCUGUAUACUAUCUGGUUGUGGUCCUCGUACAGU